AUGGCUCGAAUAUCCCUCGAUGAAGAAGUACGACUAUGGAAUACGAACGCAGAGAGGGAGAAAUACGAAUCGCUAGCGACUCUAUAUGGCAUCAUCGUUUCGCUAGACUACCUCGAACGAGCAUACGUGCGUGAUUCGAUAACCGCCGCUCAGUAUUCCCCUGCAUGCACAAAGCUUCUCGGCCAAUAUAAGACUAUGCUUAAGCUGGUAUCCGAUGAUGUUCCGAGUAUCGAAGAAUUCAUGAAACGAUACAGAAUGGAGCAUCCUGCAGCCUUACAUCGGCUCAAAGUUGACGUUCCUGCCACUGUCGAGCACGCUUCUGACCAAUCAGGGACUGAGACAGGACAAGCAGUGGCUGAAACCACUCAAAAUUUCAUCACAUUCAUGGAUGCCCUCAAAUUGCGAUUACGAGCAAAGGAUCAAUUACACCCCCUUUUGCAAGAGCUCAUGACAGGGUACGCCCGCUUUAAGGGAAGCGCAGAGUGGCAAGGAAGAAGCAAGAUGAUUGGUUGGCUCAUAACCCUGAACCAAAUGAAGGCUUCGGAUGAGAUCAGUGAUGAACAAUCCCGCCAAAUGCUAUUUGAUAUCGACCAUGCCUACCAGGAGUUCUUCAGCUCCCUGCGGACAGGACAGUCCGCUUCGCCUAGUACUUAGGUCUCUGGGAUCAGAACCUUUAGUGACUUCAUGUGAUAUUUUGGUGAAAACGUAACGGCGUAUAUGCAAAUGAAAGGAAUCCAGACGAAAAAUCAUGGGAGUGCACAACCCAGUGCAAAGGACCACUGAGAGGACGUUACGGGAAGAAACCGAGAAUUAAAUUAGGCACGGACUAGCCAUUUGCAAAAUAUCCCCGGUGGGAGAAGCAGAAUCGAACGAAUACCAAAUGGUAGGUAAUAGGCCAGUCGGGGGUCAUAAAAACGAGGCCGUGGCAUUCUCUCAGAAAAUUCUCCGUG